UCGGUGUCACAGAAGAGGAAAAUGAGCAGUUCAAGUGCUGAAGAGGAUGUAGACUUAGAGGAGAUAGAGGUUGCUCUCUACAGCCAGAUCCAUUAUGGUACUGGCGAUCAGGCUCUUCAGAGGUGCCCGCCCACGGCACAAGUGGACCACAUCCCAACAACAACAACCUUACCAUAUAUAAUAACUAAAACUGUACAAAAUAAGGUUAUUUAUGUUAGCUCCGAGGCUGAAUCCCCAGUCAAACCAAUCAUUGAGGGUAGGAAAGAAAAGGUUUCAGUGCUGGAAAACUUCCUAAAGCUUUCCAAAUCAGAUGCUUCAGGAAAAAUCUCUAAGAAAAAAAGGCUCUCAAAAAUGGAGGCCAUCCAAACAAUAAAGCCAGUAAGGUUACGGCGAGACCCCCAGGUUGUUGUUAACACAGACACAGACACGGACACACACUCAGAGAGUGAGGAUGAGAAAAGCUGUAGCCGCAGGUUAAGCCAUGAUAAAUCACCAGUGUCCGAGGUGGUUGAGAUAACAUCAGACAGUGAAGAUGAUGUCAUUGAAGUUAACCCAAAUUUAGAUUUUAAUCUUCAAGGUGGAGUUGAGGCUCUACUUACAGCCCCAAAAGGAGUCAGCAAUGAUUGGAGAAUACUGGAUGAGGACAGGUAUAAUACAAACAGUGCAGUCAGUCGCUAUUUUUCAAAUACAUCUGUGCAGUGUAGAAAUUGUAAAAAGCUUGGACAUUUUUUACGGGACUGCCCAGAGCCUUUGAAACGCCGCUGUGUGUUCUGUGCACUGGAGGGACACACCUGGCAAGCCUGCCCUAACGCUGUCUGCUACAACUGUGAAGCCCCAGGACAUAAAGGACAUGACUGUCCAGAGCCAAAAACCAGCUGGCAAGUUUCUUGUGACAGGUGUUGGAUGGCUGGACACCAAGCAAAGUCGUGUCCAGACAGAUGGAGACAAUAUCAUUUAACUACUGAUAUCCACAACAUGCAGACCUCUUCAGACAAAAACACAAAGGUUUAUUGCUACAACUGUAGUGCUAAAGGUCACCUGGGCUAUGAAUGUAAGCUUCAACGUAUGAAUCACUAUGUGUCGCCAUCAUACCCUCUGAUAGCAAGGUAUGACUUGAAAAGGCGCAACAGAAACUCCAAAUUUUCAGGUAAAACAAUUGUUAUUUGAUGUAGUUGUCAGUUG